CCACUUUUUCGCAAAAAACUUUUUUUCCAUGUUCAGGCUAGGUAAAGGAAUAGCGAUGGAGGAAGAAAUCGAGGAUCAGCAGAGCAAAGGGAAUCAGGGCACAAAUGGGGAUGGGAAACGAAACGAGGGAUCAGCCAGGGAUCGAGAGUCGGCCAAAUUGAAAGGAACCCGAGAAGACAAAAAGGGCGCAUCAAUUGGAGAAAGUUCGGGCAAAGUCUGGGGUAGCAAAAGCGGACCUCAGGAAGACAGGGAAGGGGGAAACGAUAUGAGAACAAGCCCUCGGAACUCAGUAGGAGCCACCCCUAAAAUGACAAAAGUCUCGGAUGCCAGUCGUAAAUUGGCAGAGAUAGAAAAGCAGACUGCAGAAUUUAAGGCAAGGCUUGUCGAGCAGAUGAUGGCCGAGGAUGAAGAGGACCCCCAGGGCGCAGGGUCACGUGAGGGACGCAGGACCGGGCAGGACGAGGCUAGGUAUGAGGGGAAGGAUAAUAGCCACAAAGGAACGCCUAGUAAGAACGGGAAGGACAAGAACGACCCCCCGACAGAGGAGACGGAAAACGCUAUGACCCCACCCGCCAUCGAUAGCGGCACUAGCAGACUGCCCGCCACGCCGAAAGUAAGAGAGGCGUGUGACAAACUCUGGAACCUUAGGGAAAGAGUGCUGAGAUGGUUCGACCCAGAAGGAACGCCGAAAACCAGGGAGAAGCAGAGGGAAAGCAAGGAAGGGGAAGGGACCAGUGCGGCCGGAGAAGCGGGUGGCUCUGAAGACGGUCUCAAGAGGAUAGCUGCCGUAGAAGCAGAGCCGAUAGCCGAGAUUGUCUGGGACCAGCCAUUGGGACGGGGACCACAGACCAAUUUUAUCAUAGAAGGCAAUGACCAGGAUAGGGUAAACAUUACCACUCGCCGCGCCGGCGCAGAAAAGAAACUUAUUCAAGAUACAGUAAUGGAAGAACUCGCAGGGACUAGCACGGGCCAGCAAGAGACCGAAGCCGAGAAGCAAGAGAAGGUCUAUGGGAAGCCAAGGGAGGACGAAACGGUAGACAAGGCUACGGCGGCAAAGAAGAAGUUCAGGUAUCAAAUUUCGAUCCUCACUUCGCCAGAAAUCGAUGGCACCUUGAGUAAGCUACUGGGAACCAUGGUAUCAGUGUCCUUUCAGACCAUGCUGCAAGCCAGCCCGAGGCUGCUUAAAGGAGUCAGGCAGUUGCUAACGCGUAAGUGCAUAGAGGUAGAGGAGGCCCCGGAACUGCAAGAGCAGGACACGAAAGAGGCUGAGGUGCCGCAAUUAGUCUCCAACCUCCAAAGCAUUCCAGGGGGUCUGGGAGAUUUGGAGAAAGCCUUUGCGGACAUCCGCCUAAGCCUACCGAAUCGUGAAGGUGGCGAAGUCAAGAGAGCGCCACCCGAGACAAAGCUUAGCUUUCAUGCAUUACCAGUUGGAAAACUUAAAGUUCAAAUCGGAACUCACCACACUGACGCGUUAGUGGAUGGCAGACCAGAAAUCACCCUCAUACGACGAAAUUUCGCAACGGUCACGGGGUGCAUGAUAAACAAGGAAGUAGCAGGGAGUAUCCGGGGAGCCGAUGGCGAAAUUCCUUUCAUAGGGUAUGUCACCAAAUGUGCAGUCAGGGCGGGAAUCCGGGAAUCCACCUGGUCCUUUCAACGGACGAUCGUGAUGGAAGAAAUGGAUCACGACGUAAUCCUCGGGAGACCGUGGUGCGCCAAUGUGGAAAUGAUAGGAAUCCAUCUGCACAACGACACAUACAUGGUAGACAUAGAGGACCCAGUGACCGGCCGCGGGGAACUCCUCCGACUUCUUGGGACCGGAGGAGACCCUCCGAAGGGCGAAUUGGCAACCUGGUCUCCAACAUUCGAAGAAAGUGCGCGGAAGGGGGCAUUCGCACGAAUGGAAGGCAUGAGGGAAAGGGUAGAAAUUAUUAUCGAGGAGGCUUUUAGUAAAAAGGAAUGGAUCAAGAUGGGUCUUCCCGUAAAGAAGAGAAGGCUUGAGGACGAGUCCCUGGGGGUUACGGUGGCGGAAAAGGAGCAGGAAGUUGAACUUGGGGCGAGUCUGCCCAAGCCAAAGGAAGGUCGUAAGGAGACCCCCGAGCUAGCGCUUGAAAUCCCAAACCUAUUGCAACUUGUCAAGGCAAUCAGGUACCACAAAGUGGGGGCGGACCCGGCAGCGCUUGCCAAGUUUGAGGAUGAGGUUCGAAAAGGCUACUGCCUGAAUGGGAAGAUAGUUAGCAUUCAGCCCCGGCUUCGAAAUAGGGCAGAUGGGUUGAGCAGGGUAUGUAUCACGCCUGAAGGAGUAGAGGACGCGGAACCAAUUGACGCCUUCCUGGAAUACGAAGGAGGGACCCUUGUUGUGGAUCAUGAGAUGGCAAAUCCAGCAACUACAACAGGUCAGUUGCUGAUUCAGACCUUGGAAAACGGCGCACCUGGAGUGGUUGCAGAACUCAGGGAAGGACCACUCACCACGGUCAGGCGCAGAAAGGAAAAAAACUCAUGGGGAGGAGAAGUAGGGGCCAGAGAGGAACUGAUGGCAAUGACCGUCGAAGGGGGAGGGGACGCCGUGAUGACGUUGGCGGAAGCUUGGGCGCAGAAGGAGUGUCAGUACCUAGUCAACCUCACUCAGGAGGAGCAGGGUACGAAUGAGAAGGAACAAGAGUUCUUCCUCAUACAGAUGUACGAGGGCGUCUUCAAAGAAAUCGGUUUGCUGCUUGUACGGAACAAACAACCCACGAAAGUCAGUCCCAAGGCAAGGGAGGAAGUAGAAAAAUACAUCUUGGAUGCAAGGGAUAAUCUCAGUGGCUAUGUAGAAGUCAUAGUCCUCAAGAAGAAGACGGGGAAAGCAGUGGCCGACUGUGUGGAAGAUUUCUACCUAAGGCACCCCUUCGUGCGCAGGUUUAUAACAGACAAUGGGACAAAAUUCGUUAACCAGGAAGUGUUGAACAGGCUUAAGACACUGUGUGUACCGAUCAAGAUCACCGAGCCCUACCAUCCUGAGGCAAAUGCACUAGUAGAAAGGGGUCACCGGACUUUGAAGAACACAAUCGCAAAGUUGGCAGCAGAUAAUUUGGGAAGUUGGGCACGGUUUCUCAAGCAGGCAGUCUUCGCCGAGAACAUGACUCCAAAAAGAACAACGGGAUGUAUUCCAGCAGAACUCUGGUAUGGAAGGGAGAUCGAUUUUCCAAUAGAAGCUUUGGUCCCUACCUGGAACAGGCUAGAUGACGAUCCACACUCGAGCACGGAAGAGUUAAUCACCCCACGUGGUCAGCAGGUCGCCAGGAAUGAGGAGGCACUCGAGGAAGUAGUCAAUCGUGUGGCAGACAGCCGAAUGAGGGAUAAAGCGAGAUGGGACCAGGUUAAGAACAUUCGGAAGGAGCCACUCCAGGUGGGGGAAAAGGUGUUAGUUAGGAACUCGGCUCUUGAAAGCACAUGGUCCAGGCAACAGGGAAAAAGAUUCAAAGGGCCUUACAGGAUCGCCAAGCGGAUGGGACUGAACACAUUUGAGCUUGAGGAUCUUGAUGAUACUAGCAUAAGAGGGCAAUUUCCGGGACAGAGACUGGUCAGAUUUUUUAGCAGGGAUCUGGUGGAACAGUGGCUACAUGAGGCUCAGGACAGGGAAAGAGGGGAAGUCACAGCUUGAAAGGUAGACAAUUGGCUAUGACCCUG